UGACAGAAGGUAAGGAAUCAACGUCGAGUAGUGCAGUCGGGGUUCAAGAUGAGCAUCAAGUCAACGACGAUCCCGAUAAUCCUGAGAAGUCUCCUCCUCAUUCCCCUAAUUCUUCCACUCGAAAGAAUUUGGAGAUCCAUCAACCCUCAACAACAGUCAAAGCUGCCGAGCAAAAAAACAAACAACAGUCAAAGUUGUGGUUGGAGUGCCCCAUAAUUCAAAAGUACCAGUGAACGAAGAGAGAUGAUGGGAGCCUCAAAACUGACAUUCAUCUACUUCCGAAAAGAACUCACGGUUAAAAUUUUGGUGCACUUGCAAGUUAAAAGGGCAGUUGGUUUGAGGAAAAACACAUGUAGCAAUGGAAAUAUUGCUUGCUAUGCUGUUCUCCAAAGCUGGGUUUCAAAGAAGUUCAUGACUGGAUGUGUGGUUCUCUUUCCUGUAGCUGUUACAUUUUUUGUCACGUGGUGGUUUAUUCAGCUUGUUGAUGGUUUCUUCAGUCCCAUUUAUGAAAGGCUAGGUAUCGACAUAUUUGGCUUUGGAUUUGUAAUGUCACUAGCUUUCAUAUUCUUUGUUGGUAUGUUUGCCUCAUCAUGGGUGGGUGGCACUGUUUUCUGGCUCGGAGAAUGGUUCAUAAAGAGAAUGCCCUUUGUGAAACACAUAUACUCAGCCUCUAAGCAAAUUACUGCUGCUAUUUCUCCAGACCAAAAUACCACUGCUUUCAAAGAGGUUGCAAUCAUCCGUCAUCCUCGCAUCGGCGAAUACGCAUUUGGUUUUAUCACAUCAUCAGUUGUUCUUCAGAGAGAUAAUGGGGAUGAGGAAUUAUGCAGUGUUUACGUCCCAACGAAUCACUUAUAUAUUGGAGACAUAUUUCUUGUUAAUUCUAAGGAGAUCAUACGGCCAAAUAUGUCUAUUGGAGAAGGCAUAGAGAUCAUCGUUUCCGUGGGUAUGACAAUGCCUCAGGUGAUUGCUCCGAUAGAAAGGAUUCCUCGUCAAGAUGAUACACUCCCUCUUAAUAGAAUGUUGUAAAAUGGAACAGUGAUUUCACAUCCAACUGAUCCACAAUCUUGUACAUUUCUUUCCAAGGAAUUGUUGUGUAGCUUUAUAUGAUUGGAACAUUACUUUUGGGGGACAUGCACUCCUACCGUAUCAUUCACCUGGAAUGAUGUAAUAUUAAUGAACUAUUCCGAUA